CAAAACACGAGCCUCGUGUGGAGAAGUACUACAUGAUGCCUAGUAGGGCGCAAUGCAAACUUAACAAAGACUCCGGCGCUCACUCAUAAAACCUCUCUUCUCUCUUCACCCUAACCUCUAAUUUCUUCUACUUCUUCUUUAACCUAACCAAUUGCUCCCAGUUUUGGUUCGUUCACAAACCCUAGAAAUACGAUCAAUCACAUUCAUCAAUCGCCAAAUUGCUUUCGUUCUUCUCUGUUAGGGUUUAGGGUUAACCCUUUCAUCCCUCGCAAUCAUGAGUCCCGUUCAGAAUUUCGAGCAACAUUCUCGUCAUCUCGUUGAGCCUGAUCUCACGAUACAGGCGAGAUUGCAAAUGGUGAUGGAGGUUAGGGAUAGUCUUGAGAUUGCUCACACUGCCGAGUAUUUGAAUUUUUUAAAGUGUUAUUUUCGGGCAUUCUCGGCGAUACUACUGCAAAUUACAAAGCCACAGUUUGUGGAUAAUCCUGAGCAUAAGCUGAGGAAUAUUGUGGUUGAGAUAUUGAAUAGGCUUCCGCACAGUGAAGUUCUCCGGCCUUUUGUACAGGAUCUCUUGAAGGUUGCGAUGCAAGUGCUUACAACGGAUAAUGAAGAAAACGGGUUGAUUUGUAUUCGUAUAAUCUUUGACCUUUUGAGGAACUUUAGGCCAACUUUAGAAAAUGAAGUCCAGCCUUUUCUUGACUUCGUAUGCAAGAUUUACCAAAAUUUUAAGUUGACCGUUAGUCAUUUCUUUGAGAACAUGGCGAUGACAGGGGAGGAUGUCAAGCCGAUGGAUACACUUUCAGAUCAAAGUAUAAACCCUGCCACUGCCACUGGCUCGCAGCUCAAUCCAAGCACUCGCUCGUUCAAGAUAGUUACGGAGAGUCCACUGGUGGUGAUGUUUCUGUUUCAACUGUAUAGUCAUUUCGUUCAAGCAAAUAUUCCUCAAUUAUUGCCUUUGAUGGUUGCUGCUAUAUCUGUCCCUGGCCCUGAAAGGGUUCCUCCUUAUCUGAGAACUCAUUUCACUGAACUCAAGGGCGCACAGGUCAAGACGGUUUCAUUUUUGACUUACCUGUUGAAAAGCUAUGCCGAUUAUAUAAGGCCACAUGAAGAAAGUAUAUGUAAAAGCAUCGUGAAUUUGCUUGUAACAUGUACCGACUCUGUAACCAUUAGAAAGGAGUUGUUAAUAUCCCUGAAACAUGUCCUUGGAACUGAUUUCAGGAGAGGCUUAUUUCCUCUGAUUGACACAUUAUUGGAACAAAGGAAUCUGGUUGGGACUGGGCGAGCAUGCUUUGAGACGCUGAGGCCCUUGGCUUAUAGUCUUCUGGCAGAAAUUGUACAUCAUGUUCGGCAAGAUCUGUCUUUAUCACAGUUGUCGCGGAUAAUUUACUUAUUUUCAAGUAAUAUGCACGAUGCUUCUUUAUCAUUGAGCAUCCACACCACUUGUGCUCGCUUGAUGUUGAAUCUGGUGGAACCAAUUUUUGAGAAAGGGGUUGAUCAGCAGUCUACAGAUGAAGCUAGGAUCUUAUUGGGCCGCAUUUUGGAUGCUUUUGUUGGGAAAUUCAGUACUUUCAAACGGACAAUACCACAGCUAUUGGAGGAAGGCGAGGAAGGAAAGGAUCGUUCUACCUUGAGAUCAAAGCUUGAACUCCCUGUGCAGGCAGUUUUCAAUAUUGUGGGCCCUCCUGAAUAUUCGAAGGAAGUAAAUGAUUACAAGCAUCUGAUUAAGACAUUAGUGAUGGGAAUGAAGACCAUCAUAUGGAGCAUCACUCAUGCACAUUCUCCUAGGUCCCAGGUGCUUGUCUCACCUUCGUCUAAUUUGCCACCACCUCAAGCAUCUAGGGGCAUGAGAGAAGAUGAGGUUUACAAAGCCUCUGGUGUUUUGAAAAGUGGCGUUCAUUGCUUAGCACUCUUUAAGGAGAAGGAUGAGGAGAGGGAAAUGCUUCAUCUCUUCUCACAAAUUUUGGCCAUUAUGGAACCUCGAGAUCUUAUGGAUAUGUUCUCUCUGUGUAUGCCUGAGCUUUUUGAGUGCAUGAUCUCCAACACGCAACUUGUCCAUAUAUUCUCCACACUUCUUGCAGCCCCUAAAGUGUACCGGCCAUUUGCUGAUGUGCUUGUUAAUUUUCUUGUAAACAGCAAACUUGAUGUGUUGAAAACCCCAGAUUCACCUGCAGCAAAACUGGUCUUGCAUCUCUUUCGGUUUAUAUUUGGUGCUGUUGCUAAAGCACCUUCAGAUUUUGAACGGAUUUUGCAGCCUCAUGUGCCUGUUAUAAUGGAAUAUUGCAUGAAAAAUUCUACUGAAGUUGAAAGACCUCUUGGUUACAUGCAGUUGCUUCGAACAAUGUUCCGAGCACUUUCAGGCUGCAAGUUUGAACUUUUGCUGCGGGACUUGAUCCCCAUGUUGCAACCGUGCCUCAAUCUGCUAUUGGCUAUGUUGGAAGGGCCAACGGUGGAAGAUAUGAGAGAUCUUCUAUUAGAGCUCUGCAUGACCUUGCCUGCCCGUUUGAGUUCUCUGUUACCAUACCUGUCUCGUCUUAUGAAGCCUCUGGUAUUAUGUCUUAAGGGAAGUGAUGAGCUAGUAAGUCUUGGUUUACGGACACUGGAGUUUUGGGUCGAUAGUUUAAAUCCUGACUUCCUAGAGCCUAGUAUGGCCAAUGUCAUGUCUGAUGUGAUUCUGGCCUUAUGGUCCCACUUAAGACCAGCUCCUUAUCCUUGGGGUGCUAAAGCAUUGCAGCUUCUUGGAAAAUUAGGUGGGCGAAACAGGCGAUUCCUCAAAGAGCCUCUGGCACUUGAGUGUAAAGAGAACCCUGAGCACGGGCUUCGCCUAAUUUUGACAUUUGAGCCUGCUACCCCAUUCUUGGUGCCACUUGAUCGAUGCAUAAAUCUUGCUGUAGAGGCUGUAAUGAACAGAAAUUGUGGCAUGGAUGCUUUCUAUCGAAAGCAGGCUCUCAGGUUCCUUCGCGUUUGCUUAUCAUCUCAGUUGAAUUUGCCUGGAACUGUUGCUGAUGAGGGAUGCACAUCCAAGCAGCUGUCUGCAAUGUUGGCUUCUACGGUUGAUCAACCAUCACGCAGGUCUGAGUCAAUGGAUGCAAAGGCUGACUUAGGAGUAAAGACAAAGACUCAACUUAUGGCUGAGAAAUCUGUUUUCAAGAUUCUUUUAAUGACUAUCAUUGCUGCCAAUGGUGAGCCAGAUCUCACGGAUUCUGCAGAUGAUUUUGUUGUCAAUAUAUGUCGCCAUUUUGCGAUGAUAUUUCAUAUGGAUUCUUCAUUCAGUAGUGUAUCAGUCGCUGCAAUUGGGGGUUCAUCAUUAUCUGUUCAUGUUGGUUCUAGGACUAAAUCUAGUAUUUGUUCAAAUCUGAAGGAGCUGGAUCCUUUGGUAUUCUUGGAUGCUUUAGUUGAUGUACUAGCAGAUGAAAACAGGCUCCAUGCCAAAGCUGCUCUUGAUGCUUUAAAUAUGUUUGCAGAAACACUUGUAUUUCUUGCUCGUUCAAAACAUACUGAUUUCAUAAUGUCCAGAGGGCCUGGUACACCUAUGAUUGUCUCCAGUCCAUCAAUGAAUCCCGUGUAUUCUCCUCCCCCUAGUGUUCGUGUUCCUGUAUUUGAGCAACUAUUGCCCCGUCUUCUGCAUUGUUGCUAUGGACUUAAAUGGCAAGCACAAAUAGGUGGUGUGAUGGGACUUGGUGCCUUGGUUGGAAAGGUCACGGUUGAGACCCUCUGCCUUUUCCAAGUAAGAAUUGUGCGUGGUCUAAUAUAUGUCCUUAAAAAGCUUCCCAUUUAUGCUAGCAAGGAGCAGGAAGAGACAAGUCAAGUACUCACUCAGGUUCUUCGAGUAGUGAAUAAUGCUGAUGAAGCAAACAGUGAGGCGCGGAGGCAAAGCUUUCAAGGAGUAGUAGAUUUUCUUGCACAAGAGUUAUUCAACCAGAAUGCCUCUAUCAUUGUGAGAAAGAAUGUACAAUCAUGCUUGGCACUUUUAGCUAGCAGGACUGGUAGUGAGGUGUCUGAAUUACUAGAGCCAUUGUAUCAGCAAUUUCUCCAGCCUCUCAUAAUGCGGCAACUUAAGUUAAAGACCGUUGAUCAACAGGUUGGAACAGUUACAGCAUUGAAUUUUUGUCUAGCCUUGAGGCCACCUCUUCUCAAGUUGACUCCAGAGUUAGUUAAUUUCCUCCAAGACGCAUUACAAAUAGCAGAGUCUGAUGACAAUGCAUGGGUUGCCAAGUUUAUCAACCCCAAAGUUGUGACAUCCUUGACUAAACUUCGGACAGCUUGCAUUGAACUGCUCUGCACCACAAUGGCAUGGGCUGAUUUUAAGACUCCAAAUCAUUCUGAAUUGCGUGCAAAGAUCAUCGCAAUGUUUUUUAAGUCUUUAACCUGUCGGACUCCAGAUAUUGUUGCUGUUGCAAAGGAAGGCCUACGACAGGUUAUAAAUCAAAGGAUGCCCAAGGAACUUUUACAAAGCAGCCUUAGGCCUAUACUGGUCAAUUUAGCUCACACAAAAAAUCUCAGCAUGCCUCUUCUGCUAGGCCUUGCCCGCUUGCUUGAGCUAUUAUCCAAUUGGUUCAAUGUUACCUUGGGCGGAAAACUUUUAGAGCAUCUAAGGAGGUGGCUGGAGCCCGAAAAAUUGGCACAGUGUCAGAAGUCAUGGAAGGCUGGUGAAGAACCGAAGAUAGCUGCAGCUAUAAUUGACCUGUUUCACUUGCUUCCUCCCGCUGCUUCAAAGUUCCUCGAUGAACUUGUAACCUUGACUAUUGAUUUGGAAGGAGCUCUUCCCCCUGGACAAGUAUACAGUGAAAUAAAUAGUCCAUACCGCCUCCCAAUUACAAAGUUUUUAAAUCGAUAUGCACCCGUUGCAGUUGAUUAUUUUCUUAGUCGAUUAAGUGAACCAAAAUAUUUCAGGCGUUUUAUGUAUAUAAUUUGUUCAGAAGCCGGUCAGCCGUUGAGAGACGAACUUUCAAAAUCACCACAGAAGAUACUUUCAAGUGCAUUCUCCGAAUUUAUGCCCAAAUCUGAAGUGGCAAUGGCUUCAUCAUCCACAAUUGCAAAUGCUACUUUGUCAGGUGAAGAAAACCAUGUCUCUGCAUCGAGCGAUGGCUCCAAUGUUCUUGUUCCUACUCCAAAUGCAACUUCCGAUGCUUACUUUCAGGGUCUAGCACUUAUUAAAACCCUGGUCAAAUUAAUGCCUGGCUGGUUACAAAGUAAUCGUGCCGUGUUUGAUACAUUAGUAUUAGUAUGGAAGUCACCUGCCAGAAUAUCCCGGCUUCAAAAUGAGCAGGAACUGAACCUAGUGCAAAUUAAGGAAAGUAAAUGGCUUAUCAAGUGCUUCCUGAAUUACUUAAGACAUGACAAAAAUGAAGUAAAUGUUCUGUUUGAUAUACUUACCAUAUUCUUAUUUCAUAGUCGAAUUGACUAUACAUUCCUGAAGGAGUUUUACAUCAUCGAGGUUGCAGAAGGUUAUCCUUCGAGCAUGAAAAAGGCCCUCCUGUUACAUUUUCUCAACCUUUUCCAAUCAAAACAACUUGGUCACGACCACUUGGUGAUUGUAAUGCAAAUGCUCAUUCUUCCGAUGCUUGCACAUGCCUUUCAAAAUGGCCAAAGUUGGGAAGUGGUCGAUCCUGCAAUUAUAAAAACAAUCGUUGACAAACUUCUGGAUCCUCCAGAAGAGAUUUCUGCAGAAUAUGACGAGCCUUUGCGAAUAGAAUUAUUGCAGCUUGCAACUUUGCUUCUUAAGUAUCUUCAGAAUGAUCUUGUCCAUCAUAGGAAGGAACUAAUAAAGUUCGGCUGGAACCAUCUUAAGCGUGAAGAUACUGCAAGCAAACAAUGGGCAUUUGUGAAUGUUUGCCAUUUCUUGGAGGCAUAUCAAGCUCCUGAAAAAAUAAUACUUCAGGUUUUUGUAGCUCUUCUUAGGACCUGCCAACCAGAAAAUAGAAUGUUGGUCAGGCAGGCUCUUGACAUUCUAAUGCCAGCACUGCCAAAACGUUUGCCGCUUGGCGAUUCUCGGAUGCCCAUAUGGAUAAGAUACACUAAGAAAAUACUUGUUGAAGAAGGGCACUCAAUUCCGAAUCUUAUUCACAUUUUCCAACUUAUAGUCCGCCAUUCAGACCUCUUCUACAGCUGCAGAGCACAGUUUGUUCCUCAGAUGGUGAAUUCUCUGAGUCGCCUUGGAUUGCCAUAUAAUACCACAACAGAGAACAGACGUCUUGCCAUUGAACUUGCUGGAUUAGUUGUUAACUGGGAGAGGCAAAGACAAAAUGAGAUGAAAGUUGUUACUGAUUCUGAUGCUCCGAACCAAAUCAAUGAUGUCUUUAAUCCUAGCUCAGCCGAGUCUAAGCGAUCUGUGGAAGGGUCCACAUUUCCUGAUGAUACAACUAAGCGAGUAAAAGCAGAACCUGGUCUUCAACCCCUUUGUGUCAUGUCACCUGGUGGUCCAUCAUCAAUCCCUAACAUUGAAACUCCGGGAUCUUCUAGUCAACCUGAUGAAGAAUUUAAACCAAAUGCUGCUAUGGAGGAAAUGAUUAUAAAUUUUCUUAUCAGAGUUGCUCUGGUUAUAGAACCCAAGGACAAAGAAGCAAGUGCCAUGUACAAACAAGCUUUGGAGCUACUUUCACAAGCUUUAGAGGUGUGGCCGAAUGCAAAUGUAAAAUUUAAUUAUUUGGAGAAGUUGUUGAGCAGUAUACAACCAUCUCAGGCAAAGGACCCUUCCACUGCGCUGGCACAGGGUUUGGAUGUCAUGAACAAAGUUUUAGAGAAACAACCUCACAUGUUCAUAAGAAACAACAUAAACCAGAUUUCUCAAAUUCUUGAACCAUGUUUCAAGCAUAAACUUUUAGAUGCUGGCAAGUCUUUCUGUUCACUGUUGAGGAUGAUUUGUGUUGCUUUUCCCCAAGAAGCAGCUUCAACACCUGCUGACGUUAAGUUGUUGUACCAGAAGGUUGAUGAUUUGAUACAAAAGCAUGUUACCACCGUCACAGCUCCUCAAACAUCUAGUGAUGAUAAUAAUGCCGGUGCAAUUAGUUUCUUAUUGCUUGUCAUUAAAACCUUGACCGAGGUACAGAGGAAUUUCAUUGAUCCUUUAGUUUUGGUUCGCCUUCUUCAGCGCCUUCAGCGUGAUAUGGGUUCAUCCGCAGGUUCUCAUAUAAGACAAGGUCAAAGAACUGAUCCAGAUUCAGCAGUCACGUCUUCUCGUCAAGGUGUUGAUGUUGGAGCAGUUAUUUCAAAUGUAAAAUCAAUCUUAAAACUUAUUACAGAAAGAGUGAUGGUUGUUCCUGAGUGCAAGCGGUCUGUAUCUCAAAUAUUGAAUGCUUUGCUCUCAGAGAAAGGUAUCGAUGCUAGUGUACUUCUCUGCAUACUUGAUGUGAUUAAAGGGUGGAUUGAAGAUGAUUCUAAACAAGGAACUUCCAUCACAUCAAGUGCCUUUCUCAGUCCAAAGGAGAUAGUUUCUUUUCUUCAGAAGCUCUCACAAGUUGACAAACAAAAUUUCUCACCAACUCAUCUGGAUGAGUGGGACCAGAAAUACCUUGAACUUCUUUUUGGGCUUUGCGCUGAUUCAAAUAAAUACCCUUUAACCUUGCGUCAAGAGGUUUUCCUGAAGGUAGAAAGGACGUUUAUGCUUGGUUUAAGAGCUAGGGAUCCUGAAAUUAGGAUGAAGUUCUUCUCUCUGUAUCACGAGUCUCUUGCGAAAACUCUUUUCACCAGGCUUCAAUUCAUCAUCCAAGUUCAAGACUGGGCAGCUUUGAGUGAUGUCUUCUGGCUCAAACAAGGCCUUGAUCUUCUCUUGGCAAUAUUAGUUGAUGAUAAACCUAUCACACUAGCUCCAAAUUCUGCCAGGGUUCAACCACUUCUGGUAUCAAGCUCUCUUCUGGAAACGUCUGGAAUGCAGCACAAGGUUAAUGAUGCAUCUGAAGGAGCUGAGGAUGCUCCGCUAACUUUCGAGACUCUUGUGCUUAAGCAUACUCAGUUUCUUAACAACAUGAGCAAACUUGAGGUGGCUGAUCUAUUAAUUCCAUUAAGAGAGUUGGCCCAUACAGAUGCUAAUGUUGCAUACCAUUUGUGGGUUCUAGUAUUUCCAAUUGUCUGGGUUACAUUACAUAAAGAAGAACAAGUAACACUUGCUAAACCUAUGAUUACACUUCUUUCUAAAGAUUACCAUAAGAGGCAGCAAGCCAGUAGGCCAAAUGUAGUGCAAGCACUAUUAGAAGGGCUUCAGUUGAGCCAUCCUCAACCUAGAAUGCCAAGUGAGCUCAUUAAAUAUAUUGGGAAAACGUAUAAUGCAUGGCACAUUGCGUUGGCUUUGCUGGAAAGUCAUGUUAUGUUGUUUCCAAAUGAUUCCAAAUGCUGCGAGUCUUUGGCUGAGCUCUAUCGAUUGCUCAGUGAAGAGGAUAUGAGAUGUGGGCUUUGGAAGAAGAGAUCAAUCACUGCUGAAACCAGGGCAGGGCUUUCUCUUGUUCAGCACGGUUACUGGCACCGUGCUCAAAGUCUCUUUUAUCAAGCCAUGGUGAAGGCAACUCAAGGAACAUAUAACAACACUGUACCCAAGGCCGAGAUGUGUCUAUGGGAAGAGCAAUGGCUAUACUGUGCCAGUCAACUUAGUCAAUGGGAUGCACUGGCAGAUUUUGGCAAGAGUGUUGAGAAUUAUGAAAUUCUGCUCGAUAGUUUAUGGAAAUUGCCUGAUUGGACAUAUAUGAAGGAACAUGUUAUUCCGAAAGCUCAAGUGGAAGAAACUCCAAAACUACGUUUGAUCAAAGCAUACUUUGCUCUUCAUGAAAAAAAUACAAAUGGCGUGGGGGAUGCUGAGAACAUGGUGGUUAAAGGGAUUGAUCUUGCUCUAGAACAAUGGUGGCAGCUUCCAGAAAUGUCUGUUCAUUCCAGGAUUCCCCUUCUGCAGCAAUUCCAACAGUUAGUUGAAGUUCAAGAGUCGGCUAAGGUGCUAAUAGACAUUUCCAAUGGAAAUAAACUCUCUGGGAAUUCAGCAGUUGGCGUGCAAGGAAACCUUUAUGCUGAUCUAAAGGAUAUCCUUGAGACAUGGAGGCUAAGAACUCCAAAUGAAUGGGAUAAUAUGUCUGUUUGGUAUGAUUUGCUGCAGUGGAGGAAUGACACGUACAAUUCUGUCAUCGAAGCUUUCAAAGAUUUCGGCUCCACAAAUUCAGCACUUCAUCAUCUUGGAUACCGUGACAAAGCUUGGACUGUUAACAGGCUUGCUCAUAUUGCUCGCAAACAAGGACUAUUUGAUGUCUGUGUCAACGUACUCGAAAAAUUAUAUGGCUACUCGACCAUGGAAGUACAGGAAGCAUUUGUUAAGAUAGUUGAGCAGGCAAAGGCAUAUUUAGAAACAAAAGGAGAGGUUACAGCUGGUCUUAAUCUGAUCAACAACACUAAUCUGGAGUACUUUCCUCCAAAACACAAGGCUGAAAUUUUCCGCCUAAAAGGGGACUUCUUCUUAAAAUUGAAUGACUCUGAGAAUGCAAAUCUAGCUUAUUCAAAUGCAAUUAGUCUUUUUAAAAACCUGCCUAAGGGAUGGAUAAGUUGGGGAAACUAUUGUGAUAUGGCUUACAAAGAAACUCAUGAAGAAAUUUGGUUGGAAUAUGCUGUCAGCUGUUUCUUGCAAGGUAUAAAAUUUGGUGUGUCCAAUUCAAGAAGCCAUUUAGCCCGUGUUCUUUAUCUUCUUAGUUUCGAUACUCCUAAUGAGCCUGUUGGAAGGGCAUUUGAUAAGUACUACGAACACGUUCCACAUUGGGUUUGGCUGUCUUGGAUUCCACAGCUCUUGCUCUCCCUCCAGAGAACAGAAGCUCCUCACUGUAAACUUGUUCUUCUGAAGAUUGCAACCCUGUAUCCUCAAGCUCUGUAUUAUUGGCUGCGCACAUACUUGCUGGAACGACGUGAUGUUGCCAAUAAAUCUGAACUUGGGAGAAUAGCAAUGGCUCAACAAAGAGCACAACAAAGUGUUUCUGGGACUGGUGGAGGUUCUCACGGUGGCAUUGCUGAUGGAAAUGCAAGAACACAAGUUCCAGGUGAUAUUCAAGCUCACCAAGGCUCCCAGUCCGCUGGUGGAAUUGGAUCUCAUGAUGGUGGAAACUCACAUGGGCAAGAACCUGAGAGGUCCACAAGUGCAGAAAGCAACAUUCACAAUGCAAAUGACCAACCAUUGCAGCAAGGUUCUGCAAACCUCAAUGAAGGUGGUCAGAACACUUUAAGGCGUGCUGGGGCAUUGGGUUUUGUGGCUUCAGCUGCCAGUGCAUUUGAUGCUGCAAAGGAUAUAAUGGAGGCUCUUAGGGGAAAGCAUGCUAAUUUGGCCAGUGAACUUGAGGUUCUACUAACAGAAAUUGGUUCAAGGUUUGUCACUCUUCCUGAGGAGCGACUUUUGGCUGUGGUUAACGCUUUGCUCCACCGCUGCUACAAAUAUCCAACAGCUACAACUGCAGAAGUUCCCCAGUCUCUCAAGAAAGAGCUCUCAGGUGUUUGCAGAGCUUGCUUUUCAGCAGAUGCUGUUAAUAAGCAUGUUGAUUUUGUAAGGGAGUACAAACAGGAUUUUGAACGCGAUCUUGAUCCAGAAAGCACUGCCACAUUCCCAUCUACCCUCUCUCAACUGACUGAGCGGUUGAAACACUGGAAGAAUGUGCUGCAAAGUAAUGUUGAGGAUAGAUUUCCAGCAGUAUUAAAGCUUGAAGAAGAAAGUAGGGUAUUGCGAGACUUCCAUGUUAUUGAUGUUGAAGUUCCAGGGCAGUAUUUCACUGAUCAGGAAAUUGCACCUGAUCAUACUGUGAAAUUGGAUAGGGUUGCAGCUGAUAUUCCAAUUGUACGGAGGCAUGGGAGCAGUUUUCGGCGUCUGACUCUAAUUGGUUCUGAUGGUUCUCAACGCCAUUUUAUUGUACAGACGUCUUUGACUCCUAACGCUAGAAGUGAUGAGCGCAUAUUACAGCUUUUCCGUAUGAUGAACCAAAUGUUUGAGAAGCACAAGGAAUCUAGACGCCGUCACAUAUGCAUUCACACACCGAUAAUUAUUCCUGUUUGGUCCCAGGUUCGCAUGGUAGAAGAUGAUUUGAUGUAUAGUACUUUCCUUGAAGUCUAUGAGAAUCAUUGUUCAAGAAAUGACCGAGAGGCAGAUCUUCCAAUAACCUAUUUCAAGGAGCAGUUGAAUCAGGCCAUAACUGGGCAAAUAUCUCCAGAAGCUGUUGGUGAUCUUCGUCUGCAAGCCUAUAAUGAAAUAACAAAAAAUCUUGUUAAUGACAACAUCUUUUCACAGUACAUGUACAAAACCCUACCCAGUGGUAACCAUACGUGGGCUUUCAAGAAGCAAUUCGCCAUCCAGUUAGCUCUUUCAAGUUUCAUGUCCUUUAUGCUACAAAUUGGUGGGAGGUCUCCCAACAAGAUUUUGUUUGCAAAGAACACUGGAAAAAUAUUUCAAACUGAUUUUCAUCCUGCAUAUGAUGCAAAUGGACUGAUCGAGUUUAAUGAGCCAGUCCCAUUCAGGCUAACAAGGAAUAUGCAAGCAUUCUUCUCCCAUGGAGUAGAAGGCCUUAUUGUAUCUUCGAUGUGUGCAGCUGCACAGGCUGUGGCUUCACCUAAACAAAGUCAGCAUCUAUGGCAUCAUCUAGCAAUGUUUUUCCGUGAUGAGCUACUGUCUUGGUCUUGGAGAAGACCACUUGGGAUGCCCAUGGCCCCUAUGGCUGCAGGUGGUACUAUGAGCCCUGUUGACUUUAAACAAAAGGUUAUUACAAAUGUUGAACAUGUAGUUGGGAGAGUUAAGGGAAUAGCACCGCAGAAUUUUUCUGAUGAGGAGGAGAAUGUGAUGGAACCACCCCAAUCUGUGCAGCGGGGUGUUACUGAGUUGGUUGAAGCUGCGUUAAACCCAAGGAACUUGUGCAUGAUGGAUCCGACAUGGCAUCCCUGGUUCUAAGAAAUCUGUACUAGUAUUGUCUGUACAUGUGUAUAUAUAUAUUCUAGCUAAUGUUAGCAAAGUUACUGUUUAUUUUGAACCCAAGUUUGAAUCUUUAACUUGGGUCCCUAUUUUUCCUUCUCUUAAAUUAAAGGUUAGAGUGCAGGAAUAUGACCAAGUAGGUACGUAGAGGGUCAUUGUUUUAUGGAAAUGUACUGGUUUUUUUUUUACCCUUGUGUAUACUAUGUGUAUAACAGUUGUACUGGGUUUUUUUUUACCCUUGUGUAUACUAUGUGUAUAACAGUUUAAAUCAUUGCUUAUUUAAUGUAGUUAAAGUACAACCUAUGCUUA